UCUGGGUUGUGCGGCAGCUCGUACGGAGUGGCGCUAGUUGGAUAGUUAACUGCGGGACUUUGCGUCAUCCGCUAGGGUUUUCGUCUUCAGCUCAAUAUGGACGGUCGCGGAUACGGAACAGGAUUCUCAAACUGGGGUGGUGGAGGAGGAGUUGGGGGUGGUGGAGGAGCUUCUAACAGAGGCUCUGGAAGCUACGACCUCUAUGGCUACAAGGACUCCAUGUCAGGUGGAGGCGGUUACGGCGGAGGAGGGUUCGCCGGCAAUGGUGGUGGGGGGCAGAUGAAGAGGGGACUGUCGGGUGCUUCUCUCCUGUCCUCCACCGGCACAAAUGCAGAUGCUGUAAUCGCCAAAAUCAACCAGCGGCUCGACAUGCUGGCUCAGCUGGAGGGGGGCGUGAAAGGGGGUGGACGUGGUGACAGGUUUGACCAGUACGAGUCUUACGACUCGCGCUCCUCUGCCCUCGGCCCGCGCGAUCUCUACAGAUCCGGUAACUAUGGUUACGGUGACUCCCGGGGCGACAUGAUGGCCCAGCGUGGAGGCAUGGGCUUCGGGGCGAUGGGAGGAGCAGGAGGGGGUGGUGGCUUUGACGGACCCGCCAAAAUGCGGCAGGCUCGAGACGCCUUCACAGGCUCCGGCUGGGGGGCGGGGCAGAGGUCCCCUCGCAGGGGCGGAGCAUCAGCGGGGCGCGGCUUUGGCCGUAGACAAGAUUCCUCCUCUAUGGGGGGUGGAGGUGGGCGGAACGGAGGGCAAGGCCCCUCCCCCUCAGGACGUGGCAAGCUGCCGUCGCUCCUGGCCCACCGCAUGUACCCCGAGAGUGGGGCGUACCAGCCCCAGCAUGGCUCCCAGGACUAUCCUGUCCGGCACUUUGGAGGGGGCCAAAGGGCCAACCGACAACGCACCCGCAAGAGGCCCCUCAACCGACAGCAACAACAACAGCAGCAGCAGCAGCAGGUAAAACCUCAGCCAGAGGUGCAGAAGAAGAGGAAACAGAGUCUGACUGCAGCUGAUGAGCCGGAGUCUAAAAUGGGAAAGACAGAGUUGGCAGGAGAGGAUGCAGCCACCUGUGAACCAACAGAGCCAACAGAGCCAACAGAGGAGGCCAAGGAAGCAGACGCUCCAGCCACUCUGGAGUCUGAACCGGUGGCUGAAGGUGAAAGUGCUGACCUGUCCGUGAAAGAGGAAGACCCUCAGCUGAAGGCAAAGCCACAGGGAAAACAGACCCCGCCUCCUGCUUCGAAACUCAGAAAAAGGCGGGGCUUCUUUGAAAGGUCAGGGGUCAAGGUCACUGCCCAAAGGGUCACCUUUGCAUGCUCCAUCUGCAAGUUCCGCUCAUUCUACAGUGAGGACAUGGCAGCACACCUGGAGAGCAAAUUCCACAAAGAUCAUUUUAGGUUCCUGUCCAAUCAGCUGUCAAAACCAACCACGGACUUCCUGCAGGAGUAUUUGAAUAAUAAAUACAAGAAGACUGAGCAGAGAGUUAAUCAGAUGGAGAAUCACAGUGCUGCCAUCUGUCAGGUUUUAAAGGAACAAGACCUGACCAGAGACAUUGGUAUGGAGCAUUUCAUGAGGAAGGUGGAAGCUGCUCACUGUGCUGCGUGUGACAUGUACAUCCCCAUGCAGUACAAUCUGAUCCAGAAACACCUCAGAUCACCCGACCACAACUACAACCGCAAGGGUACAAUGGAGCAGUCCAAGAGGUCGAGUCUGUCUGUGGCCCGGAGUAUUCUCAACCACAAAGUUAUUGGCAAGAAACUGGAGAGCUAUCUCAGGGGUGAAAACCCUUUCAUUGGUAACCAAGAUGACCAGGACCCAGAGGAUUCCAUGGUGGAGGUUUCAGAUCCAGCCCAUGAGGGCCUGAAAGAGGAAGAGAAACUAGAAGGGGUGGAGCCUGAGGGAGACAGGGCAGUCCUAGAACCUGAGACGAUUGGGAACAGGGAAGGAAAACAGGAAGAGGAAAAGGUGAAGCUGGAGAAAAGUGACAGAGGAGAAGAGAUUGGAGGAGAGCAGCAGGUGGGGGAGGGGGAGGGGGAGGCAGAGCAGAAGGAGCUGGAAGGAACAGAGAGUGCAGAACACGCAGAGGACAGUGGCCUCCAGCAGAGGGUGGAAGAUGCAGGUGCUGACCUCGGCGUAAAAGAAUGAGCAGUGAGAGACCUUCCUCGUCGACACUGUUGCUCUUGAUCUGAACUAGGACCAGCUGGAUUCAUGGACUGAUGAAACAGACUACAGCAAAUUAGGGCUAAUUACCCCAGUACACUGAUCAGAGAUCAGUGAGUUUUGGGUUUGAAGCCAGACUGACAAAGAACUUAAAUCGAUGGUGACGGUCAGUCAUCUGGGAAAGAUGACUACUUGUGCAGAGUUUUGUUGCAUUCAAAAUCUAGUUUAGGUGAAUUUGUUUUAACUGUUUGAUUCAGGUGAAGUUGAUUUGUAUGCCCUCACUCCAAGUAGCUUUUCAGCAGUCUGGCCAGUCUCAACCUGUUCUAGCAGAUUUGUCUCCUUUAACGUAGCUCAGUUAAAUAGAUCAAUUAAUUAACAUUCAUGUCUAAUUAGUUGACAUCUGGUGUGGGGAGAAAAAUGUGCUCAGGCAGGUGCUUGACCAGGAGAUGUUUAAUUGAAAUUAGUGAUCAAUAAACAAUAUAAUGAAAGCUGAUCCUAGAACAGCCUGUAGAGUAACAGUUUCAAGACGACGAGCACUCCAACAAUCCCAUGUGCUAAUUCACACUCUGGACCAAUCAAUUAAGAACUGUCCUUUGUUUGGCCAAUUUGACUUCAUUUAUUCUUCAGCUGCAAGAAUUCAUACUGGUAUCUCUUUUGUCUGUGAACACUCAUUUUAUACGUGCUUUAGCCUGUUGGGUACUUGAGUUAAUCAUGACCCUCAAAUGUAUGAUAGCCAUAGGAUUGGCACUGGAAUUGUAGUGUUUGGACAGAUCAAAAUGUCAAGCUAAUUCAAGGUCAUUUUGUGUGAGACAUUCAAAAUGUCAUGAAGCUUCAUCUGAGCUUUUUCAUGUUUUGUUUUUAAUUUGUUUGUAAGAAAGAUAAAGAACAAACAUUUAGAACUGUUGUUAAUUAAAUUUUGCCUUCAGUUGAAAAUAAAUGUUUGCAAAGUUAA